GGAUCAUGAAAGGUUGAGUCGCUGAGUGGGGUCCUCUGUCCCAUCGUCUCUUAUAACAGGGAGAUUGAAGUUGAAGGCGGUCGGCCAAAAUGCCAGAGGAGGUGGCGGACGGUGGGAGGAAGCUUGUGACUCUCGAUGACCUCAUCGAUGCCCUGGACAAGCGUGAGAGGGCGCCGAGCAACGUCCCAAAGGUCGAGACAUUCCACUUCAAAGGGGAUCGGGUAUCUGAUUGGUUGGAUCUAACGGAGCAGGCGCUGGUGGGACUGUCAGAUGAGGUCAAGCUCCAGCGGGUCCUGAGGUAUGUCCUGCACAAUCACCAUCGGGAAGUAACUAAGGUUGUGGACGCCGCCGGUGGUAGUUGGGCAAAGUUUGGAGACUUAAUGCGAAGGAAGUAUAGGCUGGGGGACGGCCUGUUGACCAUGGCCGACUUGGAGGCCAUGAACAAGGAAGACUUCUCUACCAUUGGGGCGUUUUUGCACGAGUUCAAAAAAAGGGCGAGGAAAGUGCACGGGAUUUUUGAGGAGGCACAGUGCGCCACAUUUUUAGGGCUGCUUACAGGCUCAGAGGCCACAGAGUUGACGAAGUACGGGGAAGGAAGCGAGAGGCUCACCUGGGCAACCAUUGACAAGGGAGUAGAAGAAGGGAACCUGGACCAGGUGGAGCAGCACCAAAUGAGGCUGCAAAGGCUCAAGAGGAAGGAGAGGGAUGCUACUGCAUCCGGGACCCCAGGGGUGAAGAGAAUAGUCAAGGACGUGUUGGCGUCACUCGGGAAGGAAGUAAUAGAGGUUCAAGAAGAGGAAGAUGAGGGUGAUGACGAAGAGGACGAGAGGCUCCGGCAUGAGGAGGACUGGAGGGCGGAACAGAGGGCCAAGAAGAGAGGGGCUCAGGGAGGGGCGGAGCCGAGUCUGCAUGAUGGCAUGCCAAAGAGGAAAAAGUACGCGGUCCGGCUGGAGGAAGGCUUUGAUGUGGAGCGAAUGGUGGACAAGCUCCUGGAAUGCCAUAACGAUUUGAUGAAUCUAAAGGACAUUUUGGCCUCGGUACCAAGGCUCCGUGGCGAGCUGAAAGGGCGGCUCUCGCGAAGUUUAGUGCCCGAUGUCCACCUGAGCUUCAUUUUGCCCAGGGAGAUAGAGUGGACAGAGGCGGGCACCAGGAUGGAUUGGAAAUGUGUGGCGUGUGGGUUGGUGGACUUGAAGGUGAGGGACCAGCCGAGCAUUGCAAUGGUGGACGCGGGCGCGGAAAUGAAUAUCAUCCGGGAGCGGGACGCGACGAUGUUAGGGUUGGAAGUUGACCAAUCGGACCAUGGUGUGCUGCACGGCGCCAACUGCAAGGCCAUUUUCUGCGGCACAGCGUCUAAUGUGAUGGUGGAGAUUGGGAGAGUAGGAGCGCGAACGUGCUUCUUCGUCAUGCCCGACGUCGACCACCCUAUUCUUCUGGGGAGGUCGUUCCUCUGCCGGAUGGAGACCUUGGUCUUCAACAGGCAUGAGGGGACGAUGAUCCUGGCUCUAUCCGAUCCUGCUUGUGAAAACUACGAAAUCAUCAAGUGCCGGAACACAGGGCCCAGAAGUGCGAGGAAUAGGCUCAACCUCGGCUCCUUUACCUUCGAGGAGUCGGAAUAUGCGCGGCGGAGACUUCGGGAGGAACAGGAGGGGGAAGGAGCAGGCGAGGUGCUGUCCCUAAGCCUUAACGAUGUGAAUAAGGCAAUGGAGGUGGUGGCGGCGCAUGACAUGUCGGACCCUGAGGCUAUAAAGGCGUUGAGGGAGCAGAAAAGGACCUUGAUGGUGGAGACCAUGAGGAGGAGGCAUUGCGCGUAUGCGUUUAAUGAUGACGAGCGUGGGAGGUUGGACGUGGAUAAGAUCCCGAUGAUACGAAUCCAUACCGUUCCACACGAGCCGUGGAACCUGAGGGGCGCGCGGUACCCGAAUCCGGAUGAGGUGAAGAAGGUGGUGGAUUACUUGGAUGGAAAGAUGAGGACGUAUGUGGCGGAUUACUCCAGUGGACCGUAUGCUUCCCCUUGGUUUUGUUUUAUCAAGCCAAACGGAACGCUGCGGUGGGUGCAGGAUCUUCAACGACUGAAUGCAAUGAUGGUGCGGGACGCGGGAGGAUUGCCGAACGCGGACGCCCUGUCAGAGUCGUGCGCACGGAGGCCUAUAAUCUCACUUAUAGAUCUUUAUUCUGGGUACGACCAGUUUCCUGUGUACCCACUAGAUAGGCCGGUGACGGCGAUGCAUACGCCAAGGGGGCUGAUCCACAUGAACGUGGCACCUCAGGGGUGGACUAAUGCGGUGGCAAUGGUGCAAAGGCACAUGAUUAGGGUCAUGCAGACGGUUAGUCCCCACGUCACUCAGCCCUACAUUGACGAUCUGGUAGUCAAGGGUCCAAAGGAGAAGGAGGAAGACGAAGUGAUGCCAGGAGUAAGGCGGUUCGUCUGGAAGCACGUCCAGGAUAUCGAUCAGGUUCUGGGUCUGCUGGAAGAACACAACCUGACGGCGAGCGACCCCAAGUCGAAACAUUGUAUGAGGGAGGCCACGAUUUUGGGCUUUGUCUGCAACGAGAAGGGGCGGAGGCCAGACGUGAAGAAAACGGAUAAGAUCCUAGAGAGUUUUGUGAAGAACUUCGCCACCAAGACGGAGCAUUUGAGGAAGCUGGUGCGUCAGGAUCAGGAGUGGGUCUGGGGCGAAGACCAGGAAAAGGUUGUGGAAGGGAUGAAGAGAGAAUUCAAGGAAGGAGGCUUGGUGUUGGGAGCGCCGAAUUACGAGGCUACGGGGAAGAAGCCAUUUGUUGUCGAGACGGACGCUGGGCCAACUGCCUUAGGAGGGGUCCUGAUUCAAGCAGAUGCGGAUGGGAAGGAGAGGCCGUUAAGGUUUGAAAGUCGCACCCUCAAUACAACUGAGAGGAAUUACUCCCAGUUUAAGAAGGAGACAUUGGCAGUACUCCAUUGCCUAAGGACCUUCCGGAACUAUAUCUUUGGCAGGAGGCUCAUUUUGAGGGUGGACCCUACCGCGCUGGCGUGUUCCCUGAAAAGUUACACUCCAUCUGACCCAACCAUCGCGAGGUGGUUGACUUACAUUUGGAUGCUUAACUUUGAGUUGGAGAGGAUUCCCGGGGACAAGAACAGGGCAGACGGAUUGAGCCGUAUCAACUGGGACGGGGGGAAUCAGGAAUCAAUUGAGGAUACCCCACCGGUUGAUGGGUUCUUGGACCAAGAGGAGGACAUCCGCCUCCACAUAAAUAAAUGGUCGCUGAGGGUGCCAAGCUGCGUCACGCAUCCUAUAUGGCUAGCACCAAGGGGGUAUGCGAAGAAGGAGGAGUUGGUCCUCAAGUCCUUCCAGGAAGAAGAUCCGUGGGGGAGUAGGGAUGUAGGCUGGAUGAUGAGGUUGGUAUUGGCAGGGACACAUGGUCUAGUGGAGGAGGUAAGGACGAUAGAGGAAGGCCCAACCCAGGUAGAGGAGCAUGAGCAACUAAUGGGAGGAAUGUACUUACUCACCAACACGCUCCUGCAGGGGAACUUUGACCAGAGGAGCGCAGUCAGCUCCGAAGAGGGCGAACUUCUUAUUCCUGAGAGCCAGGACGACGAGUUCGAAGAGGGAGAGAUUAGGGAGGUCUUCCGUGCUGAGGAGUAUGACGGAAUUAAUCGAGAGUUGGGGUUACUCCUGUCGUGCGAGAUGAGGGAUAGGGACGCAAGUGCUAAGGCCCAGAAGAUGAGGCAUCUCUACGUAGUGAGAGAUGGUCAUUUGUUUAUAAAGCGACAGGUUGGGAACCCCAAGAGGAUCGUAUGUGGGAGGAACCGACAGAUCGAUGUCAUAGCAGCCUUACACGAUGGUAUAGCAGGAGGGCACAAAGGGGUUAGUGUCACGUGCGCAAAGAUAAGUGAGCUAUACCAUUGGGAUGGAAUGCUGACUAUGGUCAUCAAACACUGUCAGUCCUGCGUACCCUGCCAACAGAGGUCAGCGCAAAGGCCGGGGGAGCCUCUGCACCCCAGACUGGAAAGGGAAGUGGGUGCAGUCGUACACCUGAACCUAUUGUUCAUCCCACUUGGGGAGGACGGAAGUAACUAUAUCUUCGACACACGGGACAACCUUACCGGGUUCGUGGACGAUCGGGCUAUUCGUACGAAAACUGGCCCAGUUUUAGCAAGGUGCAUCGAAGAGUACUACUUGCGCUAUCCAUUUGUCAGAGAGUUUGUGAUGGACCGGGGGUCAGAGUUUACUUGUAAUGAGGUGCGGACCUUGCUUGCGGGGUACGGCGUGGUAGCAAAUUACACUACUGCCGCGCACCCCCAGGCAAACGCACCUGUGGAGAGGGGGCAUAGUACCAUCACGAAUCUCCUGGCCAAAUGGACUGAGGGGAAGCCUAACCAGUGGCCGAAAUUCCUGAGAGCAGCAUUCUUCGUGGAAAAUGUUACAGUGAAAAGGACUACCAAGUCUGACUUUUCGAAGGCAGUCAUGCAGAGGGGCGGRAGGGACACACGGCCACGCCAGGGGCCCCAGAGGAUGGAGGGAAGGGGCGAGCAGCAUGAGCCGCCUAGGAGGGAGCCUACGCCUGAGUUUGAUAACGACAACAUUGAGCUCUUCUUGGACGUAUAUCGGGAUCAUGAGGCACAGAGAGUGUGGUCAGUGGCGGAGAGGAUUCACCACUUUAGGGGUAUAGGGCGGUUCGAGGAGCCUGUCGCUCAGAUAUGCGAGGAGGUCCUGACUUGGCCAGAUGUGGAGGCCGGGAUGCAGAGGUUGAGAACUUCCCCUAGGGGGCGUGAUGGCAUGCCCAUUCGAUUGGAGGAGGGGAACGCAGAUGAGUUCAUCCCCGCGUAUGAGCACUACAUGUUGAGUCUGGGGGUUGCGCAGGAGGAAUGGGUACGGGCCCUACUUAUCUGGACGAGGCAGGUAGAGAGGCAGGUGGCCAAACAGAUUUGGGAGAGGGCUCGAGACUGGGAGGACUGUCAGGCCCAACUUAGGAGGGCCUACGGACGGCCACAGCACGAAAGGCGCGAGCCCAGAGUUGAGAGGCGGCGGCGAAGCAAGAGGCCAAGGGAACCGGCACCGAGAGAGGCGGGGCUGGCCAGAGAGACGAGGGGAGCCCCAGCCCAGCGGGAGGAUGAGCCCGCAGGGCCCGCAUUGGCAGCGGAGUUGUUCCCUGCUUGUGGCCUCCGAGCGGUUGAGUUUCGGCGGAUUACGAGCGAGGAGUUGAGGCCGCCCUCGCCACUGCCAUCAACGCAGGAGUUGGACAUACCAAGAGAGACGCCAUUCCGAAGCUUAGCGACUCAUCUCGAUGUAUCCCAAUGGGAGGCCUCACGGCUGGGAGAGGGCUCAGUUGAGCCGGCGUGCUACGUGCGAUUGGAGGAGCCCCUCGACCCCGAGAUGGAGACAGACAUGCGAGACCGAGAGGAGCCGCAGGAUCCUGAGAUGGCAGCCGAGCGGCCGGAUCCGAUACGACCUCAGGGUACAGAGGCGAUUACGAUUGGGGACGAUACCCCUCCAUGCUCCCCAGCUCCAGAGCCAGCACAGCGUUCAUGGCCAGAGGCGAUUCCUGAGCCACGCAGUGAGGAGAUUCCGGAGCUUUCUCCUGAUGUCACCACUAUGCCUGAGCAAAAGGCGGAGGCAGAGGACCAGGGAGUGUGUGAGAGAGCGAGGAUGGAGGCACCCCUUGACUUGCCCUCGGCCACGCAAGUGACCAAGAGCCCGGAUAUCGAGGAGCCCGUUUUAGCAGAGUUACCGCCAGUAGUGUCGUGUGCGAGCGAAGGGAUGGAGGAGGAGGCGUUGACUCCAGGAGGCCAGGGGCCGCGAGUGGAAGGAACCCCAAGAGAGACCCGCGAAGAGAAGUCCGCCCGAGUGAGGGUCCGUCUGGGCGAGAUACACGCAGGACAGGCUGAGAUGGAGGCGGCGAGGAUAGAGCCGACACCGCCGGUCGAGCCCAAGACGAGUGAGCAGAGGAUCGACGAGUUAUGGGCUAGGUAUGAGAGCCAGAGGGAUGCAACCCGCCAGAGGUCACGAGAGGCAGGACGGGCGGACGAGGAGACGAGUGAGUUAAGAGAGAUGGGGGACUUGGGGUUCUCCGCGACCAGGCAGGCGAUUGAGCGUAUGGAUCGGAGGGUAUGCGAGACGGCAGUCACAUCUUUCCAGUGGUAUAAUCUACUCAGCAAUGAGCUCAGGAUUAAGGAGUUGGAGGUAGAGCACCUGACUACCCAACUUGUCGAGGAGAGGGCGAGGAGCCAGGCUAGAGAGGUUGAGUGGGAGAGGAGAUUUGGGGAGAUGACGACCGCUGUGGAUAGGCUCUCGGUAGCCUGGGAGGCUAGCCAGAUAGGGCGAGCCGGUGCCGAUGGCGAGGGCCGGGGGAUGCGCGCCUCGCCGAGCCAAGGAGCAGCAGUGGAGGUCCCUCGACAGAGUGAACCGAUGGAGGAGGUGCCUUUGGAAGCAGUUGAGGAGGAAGGUGGUGCACAGGAGUCGCUCAUGACUAUAUCCACGGAGAGGAGAGGUUCGCGCUUGCAUGAGCUGGCGACAGCCAUGGGGAUAGGCACUCCACAGAAGAGGCCUCAGAAACUCGAUGCUCCAGAGCAGGCCCCGAGGUUGGGAGAGUUGAGGGCAGAGCUGGGCUCCUGGGCCACGGAGACGGACUCAGAGGGCCCGACUCGAGGCAGCAGCAGCAGCAGGAGGUCAUGAGUGAGCCCACCACCAUCGUGAGCCCUCAGCCAUCGGAAUUAUGUGGGGAUGAGGUGGUGGUGGAGACAGAGAGGGCUCAUGAGAAAGGAACCCGAGA